AUGGGCGAACAACCAGAGACUGGUAGAGACUCCGUAGAGCCUGAAUUAGAGGCUCCAGAAAUAUUGGAAACUGAAUCUUCAGUGGACGAGGAAGACGGUGCCUUAAAGGACUUGCUCAGAGUCGAUGAACAAUAUGUUCCCCUGUUGACCUUGCUGGAACAGUUUUCCCCUGGAGAAGAUGGCAUCCAAUUCAACAGAACGUUGAAACACUUUGAGACCACUGUCUCAUCCGUGUGUCCGGACGACUCGCGCGUGCAGCAAGCGUUUGCAACGUUCCGCGCUGCGGCCCUGCUGAACCCGGCGAUGGCGCGCAAGCUGGCUGCAGUGGGCAGCUGCUUUAAGAGUCAACUUCAGCUGCGCCGAACCUUCCUGAACGUAGUGCUGCAGGAAACCUUUGCUAAACUGGAUGUGCUGGAGCGCUCCAACCCAAAGUACCUGGUGAAUGCAACGUCACUGAUGGGUGAUUACUUCGCGGGGGCCCGCCUCAGCGAUGGCCAGAAAGUAAUAUUCCUCGCCGAGCCACUGCUGCGGUACCUGCGCGCACUACUGGCCUGCCAGGAUAUUCUAGCGCACCGCACACUCGCAACGCAGUUAAUGCAAAACGGUCGCGAGCUACUCUCCAUACUACCACAAGAGAUAGACGAGCUUUCGAUUUCUAUCCGUCUCCGUCUGCUCUCGUCGCCACCGGUCAGUACAACGUGGCUACUGCUCUCCGCGGACCUUUGCCUCAACAAGUUUCUUGCUCUGCCGAAUAUACUGCAACAGUUCUAUGCUGAUCAUCUCGAAAUAACCACGUCAGAAAAUAGUGAAGUCAGCUAUGGAUCUUGCACAAAAGGCCCCGAAAUGGACGUAGAUCAGCCACAAUCAACUGCUGCUGCUCGGCAAUCAAAGGAAGAUAGAACAGCGUCAGUUAGACGAAACAAGUACGACGCUGUUCAUUCCAAAAUUGACAUGAAAAGCAGACUCGAUCUCAACUCAUGGCGGCAGCCGAAUGAGGAGGUUGUUAAACAAGUGUGCAGUCUCCAUAAAGAUGAUACCACCAAGACGCGGAUUGCUCAGAGAAACCUUAUAUCUGCCGGCCGAGACAAAUUGGCAACCUGGACGGCAAGAAAUAACCUGAGGAGACGUUACGAUCUCAACUCGUGGCGGCAGACACAGGAGGAGAAUGUGGAAGAGGACGUGAGACAUACGAGAUGAUUUUACGUUUAUAAUAUAAGUCGUGUAGUACCAAGUUGUAAGACGUAUUGUAAAUUUAAAUUUAAUUGUACAUAGCGG